GCUGUCCGACUACUAGUCCAGCCAGCUAGCUACCAACUCAGCUAUCUGGUGUCUGAUAGUCAUCACUGUCUAAUCAUGGGACUAAAACCAAAUUCUGCUCUAAAGGCGUCGAAGACAUUGUUUGUUUUAUCUUCACUGUUUACAUUUCUUUUAGUGGGUAGUCAAGGCGAGAAUACUGCUAUGGACAAUGUUGCUACUGAGAGGAGGGCUGAGGAAAGCCAUAGACAAGACAGUGCCAACCUUCUUAUUUUCAUAAUGCUCUUAACUCUCACUAUUUUAACCAUUUGGCUGUUUAAACACCGUCGCUUCAGGUUUCUACACGAAACAGGACUGGCAAUGAUCUAUGGUCUGCUGGUGGGGGUGAUCCUUCGUUUUGGGGUUCAUGUGCCACGAAAUAUGAACAAUGUGACUAUGAACUGCAGUGUGAAUGCCAGCCCAGCAACUCUUCUGGUCAACGUCAGCGGGCGCUUUUAUGAGUACACACUGAAGGGUGAAGUCAGCACCGUCAAGGGGCAUGACGUGCAGGAUGAUGAGAUGCUCAGGAAGGUGACCUUUGACCCUGAAGUAUUUUUCAACAUUUUGCUGCCUCCAAUCAUCUUCCAUGCUGGCUACAGCUUGAAGCGGCGACACUUCUUCAGGAAUCUGGGGUCCAUCCUUGCCUAUGCUUUCAUGGGGACAGUCAUAUCAUCUUUUGUCAUUGGGCUGGUUAUGUAUGGCUGUGUGACAUUAAUGAAGGCGGUUGGACAGUUGGGAGGGGACUUUUUCUUUACUGACUGCCUCUUUUUUGGUGCCAUUGUCUCAGCCACAGACCCAGUGACAGUACUUGCCAUAUUCAACGAGCUGAAGGUGGAUGUGGACCUGUAUGCCCUGAUGUUUGGAGAGAGUGUACUCAACGACGCUGUGGCCAUAGUUCUAUCUUCAGUUCUUCUGCAUUACGAAAAGCAGAGCAGGCAGGCCCGGGAUGGCCAUGGAGAGACCACAGCAUUGGUAGAGGAACAGGGGAUCCCCCCUAGCUCCAUAGGUGCCUAUCGGCCAGCCGGGGACAACAGCCACACGUUCGACGCAACAGCCAUGAUCAAGUCUUUUGGCGUGUUCCUUGGGGUCUUCAGUGGAUCCCUUGCCCUUGGUGUGGCCACCGGAGUCAUGACUGCACUGGUCACCAAGUUCACUAAGCUGCGUGAUUUUCCCCUGCUGGAGACGGCCCUCUUCUUCCUCAUGUCCUGGAGCACUUUCCUGCUGGCCGAGGCCUGUGAAAUGACUGGUGUGGUGGCCGUGUUGUUCUGUGGGAUGACCCAGGCUCACUACACGUUCAACAACCUUUCUCCUGACUCCCAGGACAGGACCAAACAGCUAUUUGAACUCCUGAACUUUCUGGCGGAGAAUUUCAUAUUUUCCUAUAUGGGCCUGACACUGUUCUCCUUCCAGUCCCAUGUGUUCAACCCCUUGUUCAUCAUUGGAGCAUUUAUUGCAGUAUUCCUUGGCAGGGCAGCCAACAUCUACCCCCUCUCUUUCUUGCUCAAUUUGGGCCGUAAAAACAAAAUUGGAUCUAACUUCCAACAUGUUAUGAUGUUUGCAGGCCUGCGGGGGGCUAUGACCUUUGCCCUCUCCAUCCGGGACACGGCCACGUACGCCCGGCAGAUGAUGUUCUCCACCACCCUCCUGAUCGUCUUCUUCACUGUGUGGGUGUGUGGAGGCGGCACCACCCCGAUGCUCUCCUUCAUGAGUAUACGUGUGGGAGUGGACUCGGACCAAGACAGCUCACAGGUGACUGUUUCGGAUGGAACGCAACAUAGGAACACCAAACACGAGAGCGCCUGGCCUUUCAGAAUAUGGUACAAUUUCGACAAUACCUACCUGAAACCCCUGUUGACUCACAGCGGCCCACCCCUCACUGCCACCCUGCCUGCCUGCUGUGGCCCCUUGGCUCGCUGUCUCACCAGCACUCAGGCAUAUGAGAAUGAAGGGCACCAGCACAAUGAUGAUUCUGACGAACUGGUCCUGAACGACGGCAAUGCAACCAUGUAUGGUGAUGUCACAGUGAGCACCGACGCAUCGGGCACCCUCACCACCAACCAUAAACACCUGUCUGCCUCCACCAUGGGCAUAACCUCAGAGGAGGCCCUGGACCAGGAGCUGGCGUUUGGGGAGCAUGAACUGGUCAUCAGGGGAACACGUCUGGUCCUGCCCAUGGACGACCCCCCUGAACCCACUGUGACCCUGCCACCUCCCCCCACCUCCCCCCCACCUUUCUCAGAUCCCUUCUCUGAUCCCUUUUCAGAUCCCUUCUCUGAUCCCUUUUCAGAUCCCUUCUCCGAUCCCAGACGCAACAGACUCUAGAGGCCAAGGGCUCACCUUUUCUGUCUAGCCAUCCCUUGGUCUUGAACAACCCCUGCUUUGAAAAGCAAAAUUGGUUGUGUUAUGUGGUGGUCUUUACCCAUGCCUGCCUCUUUCUCCUCUGCCCAUUCAUGUAUUUGUAUAUUUUAAAAAGUACAUCCUAUAUUUAUUUCUGUAUUUAUUUCCUCUGUAUUUAUAUGUCGAGGUCUUCAUUGUUGCCCCACAGGGAGUCGUCGGGGGUUUCAAGAGCCGUGCUUCCUUUCUUUUUCAAAACAUGGAAACAUAAAUAUGAAUUUCAGUGGUGAUUUUUAUGUCAUGGGAGCAGUUUAGGGUGCACUUUAGUUGCUAGUAAGUUGUGAAUAAUAAGUUUCACUCAGUUCUCCUACCUGACUGCUACUGGCUGAUGUGAGGGUCAAUAUUUAAGUCAGAGGCAUCUGUAUUGGGGGCUCCAGGAUGCUGAACUGUUUUAAACAAGUGCCUAAUUAUAUAUAUUUUUUUCAAUUUAUGCAGAUUUGUACAUAUUCAUGAAUAAUUUACAGUAAAUCAUUUUGAUUAUUCUAACUUGCAACCCAGAUCAGUGUAAUACCAAGACCCUACGGAAUACAAUGCAAUAUUGUACUAUGAACCUUUUUCCUUAAAUUGUAAUAUUCAUUAGUUGUAGUUGAUUGAUAUACAUUUGCAAAUGAAGCCUGGUGGAAAUGAUUAAGAUAUGGUCAUUACUUUAAAUGAAAUAUUGACAUUUUCAUAAGCAGAUUUCUAAGUCUGGAGAUUCCUGUCACCUCCACUCUUGCUGUGUGAACGACCAGGCCCUUAACUAUAAAGCAGAUGCCUUGAUACUGAAUCUAAAGACCUGAGCAGAAAGCUGUGGCGAAGGGUUUGGUACAAUACUGUACAGAGCUGCUUUCUAUGGACUCAGUCCAGUCCAGGCUGAAUGUGUGUAUGGGCUCUAAGACAGCUAGCUGGAACUGUCACUCUCUGAGCUCCUGCUAUGCAGGAUUAGUUUUUGUUUGCAAAGAAUUAUACCUGCCGAACCCUUUCUUUCUCAGUCAGGUGGGCAGCAACUAUGAACAGAUUUUUGCGCUUUAUUACAUAUAAUUUGUUUGCAUUUUGAUCUUUAUUUAGAUUGAGCCACUUGAGCUUAUGUUGAAAGACCUGACUAGAAUGCAACCCUACCACUGACAGUAGCUAGAGUAACCACAUGUGAUGGAGGCAAUGGUUCAUAUAGUCUAAACUCCAACUGGAACUAAUCUAGUCUGUAAAUGGGAUUGUAGUUCAGCUCCGAUAUUUAGCAUAGUAAUUUAAAGCUCAGUUGUUAAAGUAGCAGAAAAUUCAACCUGAAAAGGUGAGGCAGCCUUUACUUGUUCCAACAGUAUUUGGAUGUAUGAUAUUGAUGUAGCUAUAUUUUGUGAAAAGUUUGUUUUUGUUAAUGAAAUGUGAAUUCUACAAAAUACAGUUAAUUUGGAUGUGGGGAGAGACAAAGUUAUGAAAAGUCUCAAUGUACAGUAGCCUAAAUACUAAAUAUGUGAAUCUAAUGUGAAUGAAAAUAAAUUAUUCUAUUAGGCUACAAAA